GUGUCAGUGAGUUUAGGAUUGAUAGAAAAACUCAAAAAAGAAAGAGGAUGAACAGGAAGACGAAGACGAAGGAGAAGGAGAAGGAGAAGGAGAAGAAAGUCGAUGAAGUGGAACAAUUAUUGCAAAGUGCGCAAGACGAGAUCAUGUUAAAUCUCUCCCUCAAUUCCCACAUAGCUCGUGCUUCUCCUUCUGCUGAAAAGGAUAGUGAUCUGGAUCGUCGAUUCCAUGCCCUCAAAAUGAAAAGCGAUUCUCCUCUUCUUCCUCCUCCUCUUCAAGAUCAUGAACUGAAAUCUGUUUUGGGAGAAGAUCUCUCUGCCAGAUUCGCCGCUCUCAAAGCCAAAUCAUCAUCUGAUCCAUUAACCCCCACCGUCGCUACAUCCAACGCUCACACCCUAUACGAUUAUGAAGAAGAAAGCGAAGACGAAGAGGUUCAAGUUCAGAAAUUAAUCGAAUGGGCUAAGGAUGCUGCUCGUCUCAAUCCUUCUCCUCCGUCCUCCGAUGAUGACCAAGAAACGUAAAAAAGCUAUGUUCUAUAAUUUUUUCAAGUUCAAAGGAAUACUUGUCCUUAGUAUUUUACAAUUAGAAAAUCGAUACAUAGAAAAACUCACUAAUCAGCAUGGUACCGAUUCUUAAAUUUUUUUGAACUGAUGUUUGGUCAAUGUUUUUUUAUGCUGAUUCAAACCGAACCGGUUUUAGUGGUUUCAUUCGGGAAAUCGGCGAACUGAAUUAUUUUUAUUUUAUUUUAUUUUUGAACUGAUUUUAGUUCUGAACUAGUUGAGGACCAAUUAUAAGGAAAAAUAAAAUAAAAAUACUAAUAGUUGAAGACUAGUUCGCUUGGUUCUCUGAACAGAUUUAAACGAAAUAGUUCGGUAAUAGUUAUACUUAAUAAGUGCAUUCUCCAUAUGUAUUAAUAUUAUUAUACUUGCAUACGGGUAAUAGUUAAUAGUACUAAGUACUCCAGCUUUGUUGAUUACUUUGUACUUCAAUCUGAUUCAACAUACAUGCAUUUUAUAACAUUACAUAUUUGGGUUUAUCAUCUAUCAUUUAACAUGACCACAAAAAAUUUCCUACACACAACAUUUUGUGAAGCUCGCAGCGAAAAAAAAUUCGGCACGCAAAACGAAUCUUUAUAACAUAACAUAAUCACUUUUCCUAUAACAUAACUAUUAUAAAACCCUACAUAUUUAUUAUGUUUGUAAUGAUCAUGACUCUAUUCUUACCUUCCUUGUUUAUUGAUCUUUUUGUCAAGCUAAUGAUGUGAUUUCAUGUGAGAUGACUAUUGAAUAAUAUUAGUUUUAGUAUGUAACGAAAUAAUGAAACUAAUAUGACUGUAUUAGUUUCGAUUUUUCAAAGUAUCAGUCAACUUGUAGAGUUGCUUUACUAUUUUAUAUUGCAAAUAAGCACAGAAUUAUCACUACUAGCAUUUUACCCUUUUAUUUUAACAAUAGAAGAGAAUAGCUGGUUGACAUUUCUUGUACUUAUUCUUUAAAAUAGGAUCACUUGUUAAUGGAUUAUAUUUGAAGUUGGAUGUCAUUUCCUUCCAAGUAGUUGGGUCAUGUUUAUAAAAAUCUUCCUGAUUGUUUGUAAUACCACUUUGAAAGUCAAAAAAAUGAUUCAUGACUUGCUUUAUUACCUACCUGUGAAAAUAUUUAUUUACAAUCUUACUGUUCGAUAUUUCCUAAACUUCUCUGUUGGAAAAUUACAGCCUAUAUUUAAUAGUGAUUGUGUACAAAAAUGGACAUUUUUUGCUGGUGCAAUUUAAAUCAAAUGCAGGUUCCCUUGUUAAAAGUGAUCAUUCUUUCUAUCUCUAAGUGUACCACUAUAACUGUUUUAACUCUCAGAUUAUGCAAGACAUGCUUUGAAAUUCAAAUUCAACUAGUAAAUAGUUCCAUUUUCAAGCCUAGUUUAGCUUUUCAUAGUUUUAGCUAAGAACUGUAACACCUUGGGUGAUUGCCCUGCUUCAUUGUGUGGAAGAGCUUAAUGAAGAUAAAUAUUGUUGGGCCUGUUAUCUAGACUAGAGUGCAAACUUUGUAAAUGUGAUGCCAAAGGCUUCUCUACUUCUGACACUUUUGUUCGAGUCUUUGAUUACCUAUUACCAUUACUUUAGGAUUAUAUCAUGUUUUUCUCUCUGUUCUGUUCUGUUUCAGAAUUUUCCUGUAGCUGGGACUCUCUUUGCAGUCAUUACCAUUAUAUUUUAUUUGUUUUUGGAGUCAUCUGGUGUGUUUCGUUGAUGUGGAUCAUGUAGUGAAUUUAGCAUUCAAAGAACUUUCAGCAAGGAAAUGAAAUCUUAUAUCAUGAUAUAUCGACCAUGCUUCUAUAUGGAACAAAUUAACCUUACUCUUUUUAGGCCAACAAAGAUGUA